AGGGAGGAGUCGCUGGGCAUGUUUCGGUUUGGGUAUGGCGAGUACAUGCGCCUGGCCUUCCCCAAGGACGACCUGCGCCCCAUCAGCUGCCGCGGCAAGGAUUCGCAGGGCGGCAUCGCGCUGACGCUCAUCGACAGCCUGGACACGCUCAUCGUGAUGGGCGAGCAGCAGCGGCUGCAGGACGCGGUGCGGUGGUUGGCGGCCAACGUUACAUUCGAUGUGGAUGCCCGGGUGCAUGUGUUUGAGCUGACCAUUCGCGCCGUGGGCGGCCUGCUGUCGGCACACAUGCUGAUCGAGCAGGACCCGACGCUGGUGCCUGGCUACGACGGCAGCCUGCUGCGGCUGGCGGUGGACCUCACUGACCGCUUCAUGCCUGCCUUCGAGACCCCCACCGGCGUGCCGCUGUCCUGGGUCAACCUGCGCCACGGCCAGAUCCCCGGGGACGUGCGCUCCACCUGUACCGCCUGCGCCGGCACGCUGCUGCUGGAGUUUGGGGUGCUGUCCCGCCUCACCGGCAACGCCACGUACGAGGCCAAGGCGCGGCACGCGGUGGAGACCAUCUUUGCUAUGCGCAGCCCGCGCGGCCUGGUGGGCAACACGCUGGACUGCGACAGCGGGGCGUGGGUGCGCACGGACGCGGGGGUGGGCGCCGGGGUGGACUCCUUCUACGAGUAUCUGCUCAAGGCCUACCUGGCCUUUGGCGAUGCCAGCUACCUGGACAUGUUCAAGGAGGUGUACGCCGCCGCCAUGACCAACCUGCAGCUGGACCCGCAGCUGGUGGAUGUGGACAUGCAGGCGGGGCAGGUGCUGCACCCGUACGUGUGGAGCCUGGGAGCCUUCUGGCCUGGCCUGCAGGCGCUGGCAGGCAAGCCGCCCCGCGGCACCGCUCUCCACGCCAACUGGACCUCCGCCUGGAGCAAGUUUGGGUGGCUGCCGGAGAUGUUUGAUGUGGGGAUGGAGAACCGGCACCCCACUGAGACAGGCUACCCGCUGCGCCCCGAGCUCAUGGAAUCUACCUUCCUGCUGCACGCCGCCUCUGGCGACGAGCGGCUGCUGGGCAUCGGCGCCGCGCUGCACCAGCAGCUGCGCGACAGGAACCGCGUGGCCUGCGGCUAUGCCAGCGUGGGCGACGUCAGCACGGGGCAGCUGGAGGACACCAUGGAGAGCUUCUUCCUCAGCGAGACGGUCAAGUACCUGUACCUCCUCUUCUCCAACGCCUCC